AGAGAAAUAAAAUGGAAUAGGAAUGAAGAAGUAAAGGGAAAAAGGAAGAAGUGAAGGAAAAAUCGCUCUAGGCGGACUGGGCGAUUUCUUCAAAUCCGGGGAUCCUGCUGCCGCCGCCAACCACAUCUGCUUCACGUAUCUGCACCCUUUGAAGAUUUACUUGUGAUCAUUCUGCGAUUCAGCUCCAGAGUCCAGGAAUGGGGUUGUGGACACUUGUAGAAGGCUUUCUGCUUCUUGCAAAUGCUCUGGCCAUAUUAAAUGAAGAUCGGUUCCUUGCCCCUAGGGGAUGGAGCUUCCAGGAGUAUUCUGGAAUUAAGAGAAAUUCAUUCAAGGGACAGAUACUUGGUCUUAUUUACGCAACUCAGUACUUACGAGUGCCUCUUAUACUUCUCAAUUUGCUGUGCAUCAUUGUGAAAAUGGUAUCAGGGUGAUGCUUGCCACCCUUUAUUUCAAGGGAUUGCUUUAAUUGAUAUCUUGAAGGGCAUGAUGAUUAUGUGAGGUUCUUUGAAGAAGUUGUAUCUUUGGAGAUCAAACCGUGAGGUUCUUUGAAGAAGUUGUAUCUUUGGAGAUCAAACCAAUAUGUUUGGAACAGGAUGUUAAACCUUGCUAGUUUUUUCUAGAGAAUUUGCUCUAGAAUGCAAGUAUUGUCCCAGAUUUGCUGAAAUUCCUUUGAGCUGCUGUAUUUGUUAUCAGAUUGACUACUUUGGUCAUUUUGCUAUCUACAAAUAUCUCAUGUCAUGACAUAUUUGACUUGUCUUGGGUACAGAAUAGAAUGAUUUGUGCAAUCAUAUUUUAGAGGGUUAUACUUUUACCAUA